CAAGCAGCUUUGCAGGCUGCCUGGGGGUCAUCUGUGUUAGGCCAAGGUUAUUCCCUGGCUGCAGGUCCACCUGAGUCUCCUGCCCACCUCCCCCAAGUUCUCAGUGGUUGUAUGGGUAGCUGGCCUGGCCUGUGGUUUGAGCUGCAGUCUUAGCCUCCCUGGGAGGUUGCAGAGACAGAGGGGGGCUUCUGGAUGGAGGGUGAUCCAGGGUAGAGUGCAACUUGGGAUGGAACAGUGGCCUUGAGCAGCCACAGGAGACACACUGCUGCUAGAUUUCCAUUGGCCAAUGAACUUCCUGGCUACAGCAAUCUCACUUUCUCAGAAAACGAAACUGAAAUGGGACUGUGGUCACAUGACAGGAGGCACAGUUGUAGCUGCUGCCUUGGGAACUCUUGCUUCUCCUUUCAGACCUGCAGGGGAAGGGACACUGGGCUGGAGGAUCCCCCAGCCAGAGACACGUCUCCUGCAAGGCGGCACCCAAGUUCUGCAGCCAGUGUGGAAAGAGGCUGCCUCCUGCAGCCCAAGGACCAGAUUCUGAGAACAAUAACUCCUAGGUGGCUCCAUCCCUGGAGGAAGAGAUGGAGUUGAGGGAAGCGCUGCAGGAAGACAGGGGACUGUGCUUGUCCCUUGGCUCCAGGGAUCUGCAGGAAAAUGCAGCUGAGCCCAGUUCUGAAGAUGGGUCCUGGACCAUCCAAAGAGGAGUGGCCUCGGGACCUUCUAUAGAUGCCAUAGAGGACAUACCUGUUGAGCAAGCAGCUUCCCAGUGCCUUCCCAGCAAGAGGAGAACGGAGGAGGCUGCUCUGUGCCAGGUCUUGGACACCUUCACGGCAGACAAUGAGCAGAGCAAAAGGAAGAAAAGGAGGAAGAAUCGGGACACUACUGCUUCCUCAGAACAGGGUUCCUUGGCCCCAUCGCCUUCCAUUCCCCAGCGUCCAAAUUCACCUUCACACCCCUGGUCCCAGGACGCAGCCCUGGCCCAAAGCCAAGCCCCGCACGCUGGUCCAGCUGGCCAGUGCAGGGGUGUAGCCACAGGAGAUGUGUCUCAGAGCAGGCCAGCACCCCAGGACCACACGGAAGAAAUGGAUCUCCACACCUCCACGCCCUCUGGGGACAGGGGCCUCUCCCAGAACGUGUCUGGGCUGCCCACCUCUACCUGCGAAGCCCACUGUAAGGCUGAAGAUGCUGCCCAGGGGCUCCCACUGCCUGAGUCCAAAGGGGACUCUGAGUCUCAGAAAGAAGCACAGAGGGCCAGGCAGCACGUGGAGGUCCCAGCUUCUGGGGGAGUUGAUGCUAUAGCUGAGCCAGAUAAUCCAGUUAACAGGGCUGGGAAAGAAAUGAAAGAUAAGGUUCAGUCAACAAAUGAGCUGCCGGCAAGUCCCCCUUCUUCCAAGGAACACUGCCAGGAGGGUGAGACCAAGGACGGGUUGGCUGCUCCUGGAGGAAAACCAGGUGAAAACAACUCAGAGCCCAAAGACCCCAGGAAGCCAGAAGGGAGUGACAAAAAUUACACAGCUGCUGUGACCAAGGAGAAGGAGCAGAAGAAUCAGAAAGCCAGUGCGAAGGCCGUCCCCGUGAGCUGGCUGAAGCCCGAGGAGGGGAUCACUGUGCACUUCCACGCCAUCAUCCCCAAGCAUGUCACCUUCGACCCCGAGCUCCACACGGUGUUCAUCAGGGGAGGAGAAGAGCUCGGACAGCCCAAGUGGAGUGACGCUUGCAAGAUGUACUACAUUGCGGACUUACAUGAGUACGGAUCCCUCAUCGAGGGCAGCGUUGUCAUUCCCAGGCAGAGCCUGGAUAGAGCCAUUCCUUACAAGUACGUCCUUCACCGUGGCCGCAGUCGCAGCUCUGUGGAGUACGAGUACAUCUACAAGCAGCCGCAGAAGGCAGGCGAGCACGUGAACCGCUGCCUGUGUGUCAAGUCCUCCCUCCUGUGCUCCAGAGACUGGCAUCAAUAUGAUGACAUAAUUUGCAUGAAGCCUCCUGGGACCUUCCAGAAAUUUCAGAACCUCUUCACUAAUAAGAUGAAGAAGGAGCUGGUGAAGGGGAAGAUGAUAGCAGCCGAGAUCAUGCUGGGCCGCAUCUUCAGCAACCUCCAGACCUGGAACCUCGUCAACCUGCAGAACUUCUUCACCCAGUUCCGGCAGUUUUACUCUGUUGUCCGAAUGCCUAUGAUUUAUGAAGGGAAAGCACAGCCCUGGCACAGCCUGGGCCUCGAAGAGGAGGAGGUGAAGGAACAUCUGUGGGAGUGUUUGAAAAAGCAGAUUGAACUGUUUCUGGAAGGAAAGAGUGGGGACACCCUGCCUGAAGGCUGGCCUGUGAGGAGCAGACUGAGGAUGGGCCUGGUCCUCCUUUUCCUGGUGGAAAAUGCCAGACUCUGCUUGUCCGAAGGUGACUUGACCUCACUGUGCUCCAUCCUCUGCCCCAGCACCUGCUCUCCAGAUGUCCUACACCGUGAACUCCACCACAUCCUGGGCACAUCUGAGAGAUGGCAAGAGUACUUGGUCAACCUGUGCCAAACAUGCAUAGAUGCAAGAGUCGUCGACUGGCUGGGCAUCCUCCCUGUCCUGCACUACUGUAUGCAGCUGGCCCCUCCAAGAAAGGACUUUGUGAGCCAGCCUGAGGACAUCUGGGCUGGCCUCAACGGAAUCUCCUUGUUUCAGUUUGAGGAAAAUUGGCUAAAUGAGAACCAGUUUCUUGACUUCAUGGAGAGCAGGAAGCAGUUGCUGUGUGUGGAUGAGUAUCUCUUUCCAUCCUGGUUCAGUUUGCUGCCUCUGGGAAGCCUGGUUCCCUAUAUGGAAAUCUCCAAUGAAUACUUGAGUCUCAUGCCCGCUCGGGUCCUGGACUGUUUCCUAGGGACUUACUACAGGCUGCAGUGGCUUCAGGAGAUCUCAGAGAUCUCAGAAGAUCUCUUGGAGCAUGUCGGGAAUGUUUUCAAAAUGCUGAUGCACCUUGUGGACACCCUUCAGGAUGUGAUUCUUGAGAAGACCUCGUUAGAGUCCUACUUGACUGUGUGCCUGAAGCUCCAUCAAGCUGCCUGCAGGAUCACCAAAUGCCUGAGGUUUUAUGAGAUCCCCGCCUUGUCUGCUGAGGUCAUUUGCAGAGUCAUCAGACUUAGACCUCCAGUGGACGUGGCAGAGGACCCGGGAGCCACAGCCCAGAAGGGCUUCCUGACAGUUUUCCUCCAGGGUGUCCUGGCCACCACAAGAUCCUGGCUGUGCACAGUGUUAGCAAAGAGAAUGUUCCGGAAGGGUUCGACUCUCCUUUUCACCUACCCGGAGGAGAUCCAGGUCUGGCGGCGGCUGGUGGAAAUAAACUUUCCUGCAGAGUAUGACUGGAAGGAGUCGCUGCUGGGGGACAUGGAAGGGAGGCUCAAGAAGGAGAGGCCUCUUUCCCAGAUCUCUGCCUUCUGCAGCCCUCACUGGGAUGCCGCUGGCCUCAAGGACAGUGUGGCCAGGAGCUUUGAGAAGUGUGUCAUCGAAGCUGUGAGCUCUGCUUGCCAGUCUCAGAUCAGUGUCCUGGAGGGAGUCUCUUGUCAUGAUUUGCAGAAAUCUGGCAGCCUUGUGUCUGCUGUGAUCACCAAGUCCUGGCCCAGGAACAACAGAGAGGCUGUGGAAGGCCUGGAUGAGAUUCUUGAACACCUGCUCACAGGGCCAGAUGUGAAGCAGCUCUUCAAGUUGUACGGGACAGAUGAGAAGCUCUUCGCCAACAUCACAGAGGACGCCAAGAGGUUGAUGGCUGCCGCCAGCUCUGUCUUCGCAGAGGUUGCUGGUGAUGUCCUGGAUGGGUCCAUAUUGGUCAGACGGUUGGAGCUGAUCCUGAAGCACAAAAGUCAGUUUCUGGACCUGUGGCAGCUAGAGACAGAAAGUUCUUCAUUCCAACAGAAAAAUUGUGACAUGGAGAAGACACUGGACUGGAGGAUGGGCGAAGUCCUGUUUCUGAAGAGAGAGAAGAGACAGGUGGACAGCCUCCUGAGGCUGUGUGGGAAGGUGAAGCACCUCGUCCAAGUGGAUUUUGGAGAGAUUGAAGCAAGACACUCAGAAGACUUGAACUGCAAAAGACUGAAUGAAGCCAUGAGGGUGAGACAGCCGCUGUCCUCAGCCUGCAAGCUGAUGACGCACUACAACCUGGACCGUGAGGUCCAAAGAAUGGCUGCAAGGGUAGACUCGCUGAUGGACAGCCAUAUCUUCCAGAUCUUCUGGGAAGAAGCUGCAGAGUCAUUAAGCCAUCCCCAAGGAGAAUCUGAAAGACAAACCCUUGCGCUUUUAGAGGCUUAUGAGUACUUGUACUCGCCUUGUUACCAGAGGUUCAUGAAACUCUAUCAGGAUCUGAAGUCAGGAGAGGUCACCUUUGGAGAAAUCAAUGUCAUCUUCAAGGACUUUGUGGAUAAAUACAAUGACCUGACUUUAGACCUCCAGAUCAUGUGUGAAGUAGACCCCCAGGCCCAGAGGGACUGGAUCUCAGAGCGUGUUGAACAGAUCAAGGAGUACCAUAGCCUGCACCAGGCCAUCAGCUCGGCCAAGGUCAUCUUGCAGUUCAAAAAGGAUUUUGGAUUGACCGGUGACUUCAGUGUUCUUUACACUUUAAUAAACUUUAUUGAUGAUUUCAAGACCACCCGUCACGAGAGACUGAACCAGAUCAGCCCACAGCUCAUCCAGGCCAAGAAGCUGUUGCAGGACAUCAGCGAGCCCCGCCGCCAGUGUCUGGAGGAGCUGGCCCUGCAGAAGGAGCUGGUCAGCUGGCUGCACGACGAGCUGAGAGGCUUCACCGAGCUCCAGGUGUUUGUGGACCUGGCCUCCAUCUCAUCUGGAGAGAGCGACAUUGACGUGGACCGCGUGGCCUGCUUCCACGAUGCUGUGCAGGGCUAUGCGUCCCUGCUGUAUAAGCUGGACAAGAAGGCAGGCUUCAGCAAGUUCAUGGAAAUUUUAAGAGAACUCUGGAAGGCUCUGCAAAAUGACCCCCAUCUGCCCAGCAAGCUGCGAGAUUCUGCCAGGAACUUGGAGUGGCUGAAGACAGUGAAGAAAAGCCAUGGGUCCAUUGAGCUCUCGUCCCUGUCCCUGGCCACAGCCAUCAACAGCAGAGGCAUCUAUGAGGUCAGGGCACCCACAGGUGACCAGAAGAUCUCCCCAGAUGCCAUCCUGCGCCUGAUCCUCCCUGGGGGUCACAGUGGCCUGGAGCCAGAGCGCGCCUACACUUUGGAAGAGCUGAAGGAUCUUUUAAACAAGCUGAUGCUGAUGUCUGGCAAGAAAGACCACAGGAGUAUGGAAGUGGAGAGGUUUUCUGAGUUAUUCUGCCACGUGCAGCGGCUCAUGCAAGCCUUCCUGAACCUGUACUCUGCGGGAAACAUGCUGUUCCGGACCUGGACUGCCGAGGUCUCCUGCUGCCCCAGGAAUGGCGUCUCCAUCCGCAUGGACUUCCACUUGGAGUUGGUGAGGCAGCUGACAGAGAGUGGGGACGUCCCCCGGCUCCUGGAAGCCCUCUGCAGGCAGAUGGAGCGCUUCCUGGAUGACUGGAAGGAGCUGGUGAGCAGGAAGCGUAGAGAACACUUCUACCUCAACUUCUACACGGCCGAGCAGCUGGUCCUCCUGAGCACCGAGCUCAGGAAGCAGAGUCCCAGCGAAGCUGCCCUCAUGAUGCUGUCGUUCAUCAAAGACAACUGCACCCCAGCCGACGUCUUAAGGGCCACCAAGGGGUUCAGUGAGGCCCCCAGACACCAUGUGAGGACAGUGAUGGAAAAGUUACCUCCGUUGCAGUCCUCUGAGAUCAGCCUGGUGACCAAGCUGGGGGCCAUCAUGGAACAGUCCCUGGAGAGCAUGAGUGUCUUUCUGCCUGGCUGCCUGGACCUGGAGGCCCUGGGCCAUUGUCUGGUUCGCCUGGCCAGGAUGGGCAGGCCUCCUGUGGAGCGGUCUCUCCCCGUGGGUCUGCAGGCUGGCCAGCCCAACCUGGUCUUGUGUGGCCACUCUGAGGUGCUGUUGGCUGCCCUGGCCAUCUACAUGCAGGCCCCAGGCCAGGCCCUGCCCACUUUCGAUGAGGUGCUACUCUGUACCCCGGGGACCACAUUUGAGGAGGUGGCCCUGUUCAUGCACCGCUGCCUGGCCCCGGUUUCCCAGGGGCACAAGGUCUACAGCCUGCUGUUUGCGGACCAGCUGAGCUACGAGGUGGCCUGCCAGGCAGAGGCCCUCUUCCGCAGCCUGUCCACACAGUGUCCCCGGGAGGACUACCAGCUGGUGCUGGUCUGCGACGCGGCACGGGAAUGCUGCUACCUGCCCUCAGCCUUCAGCCAGUACAAAGUCCACCUCAUCCCCCAGGCACCCCUCCAUGCCAUCCAGGCCUACCUGGCACAUCACUACCAGGUCCCAGCACAGACCCUGUCGGCGGCAGCUGUGUUCAGAGACCGGAUGUGUGUGGGGAUCGUGGCCUCAGAGAGAGCCGGAGUUGGGAAGUCUCUCUAUGUGAAGAGAUUGCAUGAAAAACUGAAAAAGAAGUUAAAUAGUGAAAAGGUGCCUUUAAAGAUUGUUCGGUUGACUGACACUCAGGUGGAUGAGGGCCGCAUCCUGGGCUCCCUCCUGUCUUUCUGGGAUGCUCAGUUUUGGAAAACGCCUAUGAUAUUCCACUUUGAUGUGACUGCUUCGGUACAGACUGGAACUUGGGUUUUUCUUUUCAAACUCCUCAUUUUACAAUACCUAAUGGAUAUAAGUGGGAAAAUGUGGCUUCGGAACCCAUGCCAUUUAUAUAUCAUUGAAAUCCCCGUAGGAAAUUCAGUACUGCCAAAGAGGUCUUCAAAGCUGAAUCCACAUGCCCCCCAGUUCAGUUUUCUUGACAUCUUCCCCAAAGUCACCUGUAGACCUCCCAAAGAAGCGAUAGACAUGGAGCUGAGCCCCGAGAGAAGCUUCCUGGAGCCUGGAAUGGACGAGCGAGAAUUCCGCAGUGCCACUUUCCAAAGACCUUACCAAUAUUUAAAAAGAUUCCAUCAAAAACAAAACCUGGACACAUUUCAAUACCAAGCAGGCUCUGUUGAAGGUACCCCAGGGGAGUGCAUCCAGCACCUCCUCAUAUAUUGUGGGGUCAUCAACCCCUCCUGGUCAGAGCUCCAGAACUUUGCUCGGUUCCUCAACUGUCAGCUCAAAGACUGUGAGGCCUGUAUGUUCUGUAAUCCAGGCUUUACUGGAUUUACACUUCCAGGCUUCAAGAAUUUUGUGGUCACCUUCAUGAUCUUCAUGGCAAGAGACUUUGCCACACCAACACUUCAUAUCUCUGACCAGAGCCCAGGGAAGCACAUGGUCACCAUGGAUGGGGUUGAUGAGGAAGAGCUCGCCCCCUUCACUCUCCGGAGGAGGUGGGAGUCAGAGCCUCACCCAUAUGUGUUCUUCAAUGGUGACCGCGAGACCAUGACAUUCAUAGGCUUCCAUCUUCGGCUCAAUGAGAAUGGCAGCGUUGACGCCAUCAACCAUCUCAAUGGGAAGAUAAUCAAGAAAGAUGUCAUGACAGAAGAACUGUACAAGGGGCUGUUGCUUCAGAGGGUGCCCUUCAAUGUUGACUUUGAUAACCUGCCCAGACAUGAGAAACUUUUGAGACUCUGCCGACCACUAGGAAUUCCUCAGGCCCUUGAUCCCGAUGAAACAUAUGAGCUUACCACAGACAACAUGCUCAAGAUUCUGGCCAUUGAGAUGCGAUUCCGCUGUGGGAUCCCAGUUAUCAUCAUGGGAGAAACAGGCUGUGGGAAAACCAGGCUCAUUAAAUUCCUUAGUGAUCUGCGGCGUUGUGGUGCCCAGGCUGAGACCAUGAAGUUGGUCAAGGUUCAUGGAGGAACAACCACAGCCAUGAUCCACUCCAAAGUCUUGGAGGCUGAGAAAACUGCCUUCUUCAAUAAGGACCAACACCAGUUGGACACCAUCUUGUUCUUUGAUGAAGCCAACACAACUGAGGCCAUAAGCUGUAUUAAGGAAGUCUUGUGUGACCGGACCGUGGAUGGCCAGCCCCUGGAGGAGGACUCAGGCUUGCACAUCAUAGCUGCCUGCAACCCUUACAGGAAGCACUCCCGGGAGACCAUCUGCCGUUUGGAGUCGGCUGGUUUGGGGUACAGGGUCAGUGCCAAGGAGACGGCAGACAGGCUGGGCUCCAUUCCCCUCAGGCAGCUGGUGUACCGUGUCCACGCCCUGCCCCCCAGCCUGAUUCCUCUGGUGUGGGACUUUGGGCAGCUGAAUGACACUUCAGAAAAGCUCUACAUCCAGCAGAUUGUGCAGAGACUGGUGGACCACGUCAGGAUCAGCGAGGACGAGACUCGUGUGAUCACGGAAGUGCUCUCUGCCUCUCAGAGGUUCAUGAGGAACACUAAAAGUGAGUGCAGUUUCGUCAGCCUCCGGGACGUGGAGCGCUGUGUGAAGGUGUUUACGUGGUUUCAUGGCCGCAGCGAGAUGCUCUUGGAGAAGUUGAACACCUUUCUCUGCGAGUCCCGUGCCAGCAAAAAUAACUUCAGGAGAGACCCCGUCCUCUGGUCCCUGGUGCUGGCAGUGGGGGUCUGUUACCACGCCUCCCUAGAGGACAAGGAGUCCUACCGCAGAGCCAUUUGCAGGUCCUUUCCAGAACCAUAUGACGACGGCAGGGUCAUCCUGGACGAGAUCACACACGCACAGGAUCUUUUCCUGAGUGGGGUGCCUCUGAGGAAAACCAUAGCCAGGAACUUGGCUCUGAAGGAGAACGUCUUCAUGAUGAUCAUCUGCAUUGAGCUGAAGAUACCCCUCUUCCUGGUGGGAAAGCCUGGCACCUCCAAAUCUCUCGCCAAGACCAUCGUGGCAGAUGCCAUGCAGGGGCAGGCCGCGCACUCCGCUCUCUUCCGCAGCCUGAAGCAGGUCCACCUGGUGUCCUUCCAGUGUAGCCCCCACUGCACCCCACAGGGCAUCAUCAACACCUUCAAGCAGUGCGCUCGCUUCCAGCAGGGGAAGGACCUGCAGCAGUACGUGUCUGUGGUGGUGUUGGAUGAGGUCGGCUUGGCAGAAGAUUCCCCCAAAAUGCCCCUGAAGACUCUGCACCCCCUGCUGGAAGACGGGUGCAUUGAAGACGAUCCGGCCCCCCACAAAAAAGUUGGCUUCAUAGGUAUUUCCAACUGGGCCCUCGACCCUGCCAAGAUGAACCGGGGCAUCUUUGUGUCCCGCGGCAGCCCCAGUGAGAAGGAGCUCAUAGAGAGUGCCAGGGGGAUCUGCUCUUCAGACAGCCUGGUGCAGGACAGGGUCCGAGGGUACUUCGCUCCUUUUGCCAAGGCCUAUGAAACAGUGCGCAGCAGGCAGAACAAGGAAUUCUUUGGGCUUCGCGACUACUACAGCCUCAUCAAGAUGGUCUUCGCCACCGCCAGAGCAUCUAACAAGAAGCCUUCUCCACAGGAUAUUGCACAUGCAGUCCUUCGGAACUUCAGUGGCAAAGAUGACAUCCCCGCUUUGGACAUCUUCAUGGCCAGUUUACCUGAGGUCAGGUACGUAGGAGAGCUCAGGACCCUGGAGCUCAUCAAGCAGAACAUUUUUAGGGAUAUGAAGACGGCAGCAGUGGGGGAGCUGGAAGAAGCUGAAUCCCGCUACUUGCUUGUGCUGACCAAAAACUACAUGGCCCUGCAGAUCCUGCAGCAGUCAUUCUUCAGUGAGGACCAGCAGCCCGAGAUCAUCUUUGGUUCCAGUUUUCCCCGGGACCAGGAGUACACCCAGAUCUGCAGAAACAUCAACCGGGUGAAGAUCUGCAUGGAGACCGGCAAGAUGGUGGUGCUGCUGAACCUGCAGCACCUCUACGAGAGCCUGUACGACGCGCUCAACCAGUACUACGUCUACCUCGGGGGCCAGAAGUACGUGGACCUCGGGCUCGGCACCCAUCGCGUCAAGUGUCGGGUCCACCCCGACUUCCGCCUGAUCGUCAUCGAGGAGAAAAAUGUGGUGUACGAGCAGUUCCCCGUGCCCCUCAUUAACCGGCUGGAGAAGCACUACCUGGACCUCAGCUCGGUGCUGCAGGGGUGGCAGAAGAGCAUCGUGCAGGAGCUCACGCGGUGGGCAGAGCAGUUUGCUGACGUGAAGGCCCAUCAGUUCCUGGCUGGGCACAAGUACAGCCCUGCUGACGUCUUCAUCGGCUACCACUCCGACGCCUGUGCCUCUGUGGUGCUGCAAGCUGUGGAGAGGCAGGGCCCCGGGGACCUGACACAGGAGCUGUAUCACAGAGUAUCUGAGGAGGCCAAGCUGAUCCUGCUGGACUGUGCCACACCAGAUGCUGUGGUGCGGCUGAGCACCUCCACGCUGGGCUCAUUUGCUGCACAGACCCUGUCCCAGGAAUACUGGAACAAGCAGCAGCACCACUCCUUUGCAGAUUUCCUCCAGGCCCAACUUCACAAUGCGGACCUGGAGCGCCACGCCAUCUUCACAGAGGUCACCACCUUCUCCAGACUGCUGACGAGCCACGACUGCGAGGCCCUAGGGGCAGAGGUGAAGGGCUUGGCCCCGAAGCCUGUGAUCCUGUCACUGCAGCAGUUCGACACUGAGUACUCGUUCCUCAAGGAAGUCCGAAGCAGCUUAAUGAAGACAGCCAGACGUAAAAUCCUCAUUGCCCAGAUAGAUUUUGAUGAUGGAGCUCACAGUGCUCAACUCAUUGCAUCAGCUAAGUAUUCUGCUAUUAAUGAAAUCAACAAAAUACAAGGAACUCAGGGCUGCGUCUUCGUCUAUUUCAUCACAAAACUUUCCCGGAUGAGGAACAGGGCAUCCUACGUGGGAUUCCAUGGAGGGCUGUGGCAGUCUGUGCACAUUGAUGACCUCCGAAGGUCCACAGUCAUGGCUGCUGAUGUGACUAAGCUGCAGAGUGUCACCAUCAGCCAGCUGUUCCUGCCAGGAUGCAGCCCAAAGUUGAAAGGCAACCAGGAGGAGGUGAUGGAGGCAGAGAUCAGCAAGUCAGGGGAGGUAGCAGCAAUGGAAACGGAAAAGGAGGGUUCUGAGGAGAUGGAAUGGGACACCGCUGACCUGCGGGGCAGUGAUGCACAGGUCCUGGACACCACCAGACUACUGAGGAGCUGUGUGCAAAGUGCGGUGGGGAUGCUCAGGGACCAGGAAAGCUGCCUGCGCAACAUGAGGAGAGUCACCAUCCUCCUCAGCCUCUUGAAUGGGGACAGUGUGUGCAAUGCCGCGUUCUUGCGGAUAUCUAAGAUACGCCUCUCCAUCCUUCUAAAGAAGCAAGAAGAGAACCAGCUCUGCAGUCUGAAGGAGUGGGUGGGGCGAGAGGCUGCGAACCAGGAUGCACUCCAGGAGGCCGGCACCUUCAGGCAUACCCUUUGGAAGCGGGUCCAAGGCGCAGUCACCCCUCUGCUGGCCAGCAUGAUCUCUCUCAUCGACAGAGAUGGCAACCUGGAGCUUCUGAUCAGACGAGACUCACCAGCCUGGGCCCGGGACCUGUGGAUGUUUAUUUUUAGUAACACUAAGUUGCUGAACAUUCCGCUUGUGAUGAAUAACAUAAGAUCCAAGAGUGAGAUGUCCUCCAUCGUGGUGCAGAACUAUAUGAACCUUCCCGAGGGUGCUUGCAACAGUGUCCCCUUCAGCUGGAGAAUCAGGGACUAUGUGGAAGAGCUCUGGGUCCAGGCCCAGUACAUCAUGGAUGUAAAAGGACGGUCAGAUAAGUUAGUAGAAAUCUUCCAGCAGACUCCCCUGGGCAUGUUUCUUGCCAAGCUCCCUGGAGAGCAGCAGCAGGAGCUGGUUCAGUGCUACUUGAGGGACUUCUUGCUCUUCACCAUGAGAGUGUCCACCUGGGAGGAGCUGAAGUUUCUGCAGAUGGCGCUGUGGUGCUGUGUCUGUGAGCUGCGGGCAGCCUCAGGGAGGCCCGAGGAAGGGCUCUCCCUGCCGUGGGUGCACCUGGCCUAUCAGCAUUUCAAGACCCGGCUGCACAACUUCUCCAGAAUCUUGACCAUCCACCCGCAGGUUCUGCAGAGCCUCACUGAAGUUGUACAGAAGCACGACAUGGCUGGCAGUGAGAUGACAAUAGAUGUGUUGGCUGCAAUGGCCUGUGCUGAAAUGCUGAUAAGAGACACCCUGAAGCCGAGUCCCCAGGCCUGGCUGCAGCUGGUGAAGAAGCUGUCCAUACCGCUGGAGCUCGUCUGCUCGGAUGGGUACUUGCGAGGCAGUGGGAGCACAGCCAGAGCUGUCACUGUGGAGGUCAGAACCCAGUGGAGUCGUGUUUUCUCUAUUGCACUCUUUGUGGAACAUGUGCUCCUGGGGACCGAGAGCCAGAUUCCUGAGCUGGGCCAGCUGGUGACCAAGUUCGUCUUCUCACUAGACAAGUGUCUUCAGGAGAACUCUGACCUCAAGACCCACAGGCCCUUUGUGGCUGUGAUGGCCACUCUCUGUGAGUGCAAGGAGCAAGCCAGCAAGAGCCUGGCCAGGUUUGGAGUGCAGCCAUGCCUCAUCUGCCUGGGAGAUGCUCAGGAUCCUGUGUGUCUGCCCUGUGGCCAUGUGUACUGCCUGCCUUGCAUCAAGAUCUGGCUCGUCUCCAGGCACAUGACCUGCCCCUACUGUUUAACUGUCCUGCCAGAGGAGUUCUCUUUGACAGUUUCCCAAAAGCACAGGGUGGCCAUUGGGAAACACGCCCAGUUCCGGCAGAUGUGCAACAGUUUCUUCAUGGAUCUGGUUUCUACCAUGUGCUUCAAAGACGGUACCCCUCCUCAGAAGAGUGUGAUCGAUGAGCUGCUGUCUCUCCUCUUUGUGCGGAAGGAGCUUUUGAGAGAUGCUCCCCAACGAUACCGGGAACACACCAAGUCUCUCUCGCCAUUUGAUGAUGCUGUGGAUAAGACUCCUGUCGUCCGCUCUGUGGUGCUGAAGCUGCUCCUGAAGUACAGCUUCCAAGCAGUGAAAGAUUAUAUCCAGGCCUAUUUGUCCCUGUUAGAGAAGAAAGCGUUCAUCACUGAAGAUAAGACCGAACUCUACAUGCUCUUCAUCAACUGCCUAGAAGAUUCAAUUCAGGAGAAGACCAGUGCUUACUGCACAAGGAGUGAACUCGACUGCCUGAGGGAGGAAGGCCAUUUCCUACAGACCUGCUCCUCAGGGAGACAAGGCCAAGGACCUGCCACUGCCGCGUCUGUAGAGUUCCUGCAGGAGGUGGCCAGGACCCGCCUGUGUCUCGACAGAGCUUCUGACCUCCUCGUGGAGCUUCAGGAGGGAUCAGAGCUGGCUGAGGAACAGCAGGGCUACCUGCGGCACGUCCAGCAGUUCUGCACCCAGGCAGGGAACGACUGGCACCGCGUGUACCUGGUCCGGAGGCUCGCGAGCCUGCGUGGGAUGGAAUUUGUGCAGAGCCUCUCCAGGGAGGGCCAUCGGUGCCAGUGGGUGUUUCCCAAGGGAGUCAUUGCACAGCAGAAAGACCACCUGGGCCAGAUGGACCAAUACCUGGUGCAUGGGGACAAGUACAAGGCACUUCGUGACGCAGUGGGCAAAGCCAUGCUCGAGUGCAAGGCCUCCGGCCUCGAGGCUGCUCUCAUGGCCUGCAGGAGCCCCGGAGCUCAACAGGCCGUCUACCUGCUGCUGGCGCUGUUCCGAGAAGUGGCUGCUCUCCACUGCUCCCACAACUUGAACCUCCACCCUAAGCCGGAGCAAUGCGAGGCUGUGAGCAGGUUCAUUGAGGACAGCAAAAUCCUGUCUCCUCCGGGGGUCAGGCCUUUCGCAGCAUCCCUCGUGGCCAACACUCUGCCCUUGCUGAGCGCGAGCCCUGGUGCUGACAGCCUUGAAAGAACAGUGACAGAAAUGGCCAUUCACACUGCGGCUGUCCUUCUGUGUGGACAGAGCAAAGUCUUGGUGCCCCUGAGGAACUUGGCCUUCUCCCCAGCCAGCAUGGCGAAUGCUUUUCUUCCAACGAUGCCUGAAGACCUGCUGGCUCAAGCCCAGAAGUGGAAGGGUCUGGAAGGUGUCCACUGGUACACUUGUCCCAAAGGUCAUCCGUGUUCUGUAGGAGAGUGUGGCAAGCCGAUGGAGCAGAGCUUCUGUGUUGACUGUGGUGCUAAAAUAGGAGGUAUCAAUCACAGACCUCAUGCCGGCUUCCAAAGUAUCAGAGACAGCACAGACAGAACCAAGACUGGCCAUAUGCUGGGCCACCCGCAACCCAGAGAUGUCGUAGUAGUGUCUGACCGAGAGCUGUCCCCAGUCAUCUUCAUUCUCAUGCGCCUACUCACUCAUCUGGCUAUGCUUUUGGGAGCCACUCAAAAUCCCGAGGCUGUGAUAAACAUCAUCAAGCCUCCAGUGAGUGACCCUAAAGGAUUCCUGCAGCAGCACAUCCGGAGAGACUUGGAGCAGUUGACAAAGAUGCUGGGGAGGAGUGCCGACGAGACCACCUGCGUGGUCCACCUCAUGCUGCGCUGCCUUCUCAAAGAGCAGCACCCACUCCCUGACUGGAGACAUUUAAAUUUUGAUGCAAAAUUGUCAAAAAAAGGACAUAGAAACAAUUGGGAAAAGCAUGUCGAAGCUCUUCUUCUACCUGAACUGGAGCAUCUCGAUAAGACCCUGCUGACUGUGAGCACACUCAUCAGCCAGGAUGAGCGCAUCAGCUCGAGCCCUGUGGCCAAAAUCAUAUAUGGUGACCCAGCAAGCUUCUUGCCCCAGCUGCCCCAGAAAAGUGUGGCUCAUUGCUCAAAGAUUUGGAGCUGCAGGAAGAAGAUCACAGUGGAGUACCUCCAGCACGUUGUGGAGCAGAAGAACGGCAAGGAGGUGGUGCCCGUGCUCUGGCAGUUCCUGCAGAAGGAAGCAGAACUGAGACUGGUGAAAUUCUUACCUGAGAUUUUGGCCCUGCAAAGGGAUCUAGUGAAACAAUUCCAGAAUGUUCCAGAAGAUGAAUAUUCCUGUUCCAUCAGGAGUUUUAUUAGCAGUCACAGUUCAGAGGGGCUGAGGCAGCUAUUCCACAACAGGAUCACCACCUUCCUGUCCACGUGGAAUGCCCUGAGGCGGUCACUGGAGACCAAUGGUGAAAUCAAGUUACCUAAAGGCUACUACAACUCUGAGUUGGAUCUGGACACAGAUUUUAAGGUCAUCCUGCCCCGGCGUCGGGGCCUGGGCCUCUGCUCAACUGCAUUAGUCAGCUACUUGAUUAAUCUACAUAAUGAAAUCAUCUACAUGAUGGAGAAGUUCUCCAAGGAAAACAACAGCUAUUCCGUGGAUGCCUCAGAGGUCACUGACCUGCAUGUUGUCAGUUACGAAGUGGAGCGGGACCUGAUGCCUCUGAUUCUCUCCAACUGCCAGUAUCAAGUGGAGCAAGGUGGGGAGACCUCACAGGAAUUUGACCUGGAGAAGAUCCAGCGGCAGAUCAGCAGCCACUUCCUCCAGGGCAAGCCCCGGCUGACCCUCAAGGGGAUACCCACGCUGGUAUAUAGACAUGACUGGAACUUCGAACAUCUCUUUGUGGACAUCAAGAACAAAAUGGCACAGAGCCCCCUCCCCAACUCGGCCAUGGGUGACAUCAGUGGAGAGCUUCGGUCCUACAGCGAUGCCUGUGAAGCACUGUCUAUCAUAGAGGUCACUCUGGGCUUUCUAGGCACAGCUGGUGGGGAUCCAAAUAUGCACCUAAAUGUGUAUGUCCAAGACAUCCUGCGAAUGAGUGUCCAAACAACUCCGGUUUUAAAGGCUUUAAGCAGAUGUCAGUUAAAACAUGCUGUUGCCCUCUGGCAAUUCCUCUCUGCUCAUAAGUCGGAACAGCUACUGCGACUGAAGAAAGAUCCCUUUUGGGAAAUCAGUUCUAGGUACAAAGCAGACCUCAGCCCAGAAAUUGCUAAGCCCCUCAGAACCUUCCUGAAUCACACGGACCUAGAUGCUUUCCUCAUGGAGCUCCAUGAGCUGAUAGUGUUGAAACUAAGAAACACCCAGGCCCAGGAGAGCUUCAACCCUGAAUGGAGCCUGAGGGACACUCUGGUGAGUUACAUGGAAACCAAAGAGAGUGAAGUUCUUCCAGAAAUGGAAUCCCAGUUCCCAGAAGAGAUACUGCUGUCCAGCUGCGUCUCUGUAUGGAAAGUGGCAGUUGCAUGGAAACAGGACCGGCAAGCAAAAUAGGAUUCUCUACUCUGUCCCUUUAUGUGGUGGGGACAUAGCUCCCCUCCCCUCCACUGUGCCUCAGGGCAGCUGGAAAGACAGUGUUGGCAUAGCACUGAAUUCAAGGCCAGCAUGCACUGUGCCAGCUGAUGGAUUUUUUUUUUACUUUUUAUUGAUUUUACUUUUUUUUUAAAUACACAACAGUGGAGUGUAUUACAAUUCUUAUUACACAUAUAGAGCACAAAUUUUCAUACCUUUGUAUAAAGUGUGUUCAUGCCAUUUUAUGUCUAUACACAUGUACUUUUGUUGCACUACAAUUCUUAUUAUACAUAGUCACCACAUUUUUUUCAUAUCUCUGUUUGUAUAUAAAGUAGGUUGACACCCAA